GUCCUGGUUUCACAGGGACCACAGUUUAGUGUCGCUAGUCUGGCCGUGCAGAAGUGCUGCUCAGCAUUAGCAAAAAUAAAAAAAUAUCUGCCUAGCGGAAAAUGAAGAAAAUGGCGCAACAGACGGUGCAACCGAUACUGGUGCAUUUUGGCAAUUUAUUUUUGUUGUGCAAAAUACUUGGCCUCUAUCCGCACGACCUGCAGGCAUUCCGACGCACGCACACACUGCAAAGUAGUAAAAUUGGCACUUUUCUUGUGGCGGUCACCAUGAUUGUGGUUGUCGUCUUCUACAAUCUGCUAAUAUAUUCCUUUUCUGAGGAGGAUCGCGACUUGAAAGCAACGCAGAGUACAUUGACUUUCGUUAUUGGCAUCUUUCUCACCUACAUCGGUCUCGGCAUGAUGCUCACCGAUCAGUGCUCAGCGCUACGCAAUCAAUCGAAAAUUGGCGAACUGUACGAACGCAUUCGCGCUGUCGAUGAGAACUUGCUCAGGGAGAAUAUCUUUGUGGAUAUCUCAGCGACAUCUAAGCGCAUUUUCAUAAUGAUCGCGCUCACUGUCGUCUGUGAAUUGACCAUUUUACUCUCCACCUACAUCAUGCUGGUUGAUCACAGUGAAUGGAUAUCGCUACUAUGGAUAUUCUCUUGCUUUCCCACUUUUUACAAUUCGUUGGAUAAAAUUUGGUUCGCAAUGACUUUGAGCGCUUUGCGCCAACGUUUUUGUAUGAUCAACUCUGCUCUGGAAGAGAUGGUGGAGUCACACGAGAGACUUCAGCGUUGGAUGGAAAAUGGUGCGGAUGGUUCGGCUUUUAAAAAGCCUUCUUUUACGAAUGUACCUUUCGAUCCAUCACUGGAAUACUUGUAUAAGGAGCUAACCCAUAUGGAACCGGUGAAGGCGUUUAGCUACGGAAAGAAUAGAAUAUCACCAAUCGCUCACUCCUUAAACUCAUUCGGCGAGGGCUUCGAAACACCCAAAAAGCAACCAAAGCCAAGCAGCCAACCGCCGCCAUUCAAUAUGGUCUACGAAAGCGAAUUGAACGGCGACAUUCAAAAGGUGGAGGAGAAAUUGAACAAUCUGUGUCAGCUGCACGACGAGAUUUGCGAAAUUGGCAAAGUACUGAACGAGCUCUGGAGCUAUCCGAUAUUGGUGCUAAUGGCCUACGGAUUUCUCAUCUUCACGGCACAAUUGUAUUUCCUCUAUUGCGCCACGCAGAAUCAGGUCAUUCCAUCACUAUUUCGCUCGGCUAAGAAUGCCAUCAUUACGACAAUUUACUUGAGUUACACCGCCGGAAAGUGCAUCUAUUUGAUUUACCUCAGCUGGAAGACGUCACUCGAAUCGAAACGUACUGGCAUUUGUCUGCACAAGUGCGGCGUUGUGGCCGAUAAUAAUUUGCUCUAUGAAAUCGUCAACCACUUAUCGCUCAAAUUACUGAAUCACUCAGUGGACUUCUCGGCUUGCGGUUUCUUCACGCUGGACAUGGAGACGCUCUAUGGUGUGAGUGGCGGCAUUACCAGUUACCUCAUCAUUCUCAUACAAUUCAAUUUGGCGGCGCAACAAGCCAAGGACGCCAUACACAACUACGAUGAUGAAAGCGAUAGCCUGGUGCCGACCACCGCCGAAGGAAAUACAACAACAUUUUUGGAUUUUUUUACGACCACUUUUAUGCCCACCGCUUAAACGUGCAAAUAUGUACAUGCAUACAUAUGUAUGUAUUAGUGUAGGGCGUGGCAAACGGCACUCAUUGCCUUGG